AUGACGCCCCCUGGAGUGGUGUCUUUGGGCAGCACAUUUGUGCCUCAAACAGCUGCUGCGACAACACCUAAGCCAGCGGUUGCGACACCACGGACACCAGUGGUUGUGACAACACCGAAGCCAGCAGCUGCGGCACCACCGACACCAGCGGUUGCGACAACACCGAAGCCAGUGCUUGCGACAACACCGAAGCCAGCAGCUGCGGCACCAGCGACACCAGCGGUUGCGGUACCACCCACCCCAGCUGGGAAACCACCGACACCAAUGAGCGUGCCAUCGACAACUACUGCAGUCCCCACACCACCCACGGCCGGCCAAACAACGACACCAAGCCCGACAACUCAGGCACCGCUGCCGAAAGGAGCUCUGCUGUGCACACUACAGGCUGGUUUCAAGAGGUCGACGUACAGGUUUCCCCCCGACGGGCUCUGCACCAUAAUCACGUUCGACUCGGUGUACAAGAGCGGUUACACAUUGGCACCACCCUACAAGGAAGACUUCCAGUACUUCCUAGAUACGUCUAUGCAGGCCAAGCACUCUGAAUUUGGAAUCGGCAUCGAGCAGGAGUAA